AGCCCCCUGAGGCCAGGAAAGAAGAGGCGGCAGGGAGGAGCAAAGCCGGAGACACAGACACACACAGACAGACACACACAGACAGACAGACACACACACAGACAGACACACACACAGACAGACAGACACACACACAGACAGACAGACACACACACAGACAGACACACACACAGACAGACACACACACAGACACACACAGACAGACACAGACACACAUACAGACACACACACAGACAGACACACACACACACAGACAGACACAGACACACACAGACAGACAGACACACACAGACAUCCAGGACCCGGCUCCACGCACACAGCCCAGACGGGCCUCAGAGCCGGCUCCAGUCCCGGGGCUAGGACUCACCCCUAAACCCCGCCUGCAGCUCCAGCCCGGGUCCCGAAACCCGGCUCCAUCCUCGGCUUAAGCCCCCGGACUCCAGCCCCAGAGCGGGCAGAGCUCCGGCCUCAGUCCUAGCCCCAGACCCUAACUACAGCCUAAACCCUGCUCCAGAGCAGGUCCCACCCCCCAGGGCACGUUCCUGGUCCCAGGCCAUCAUCUGUCUCAGCCCAUGUCCUGACCCCAGCCCCGCUGUGAUGCCCAGCAGGUGAAACCAUGGCAGACGUGAAAGUCAAACAAGAAACUUCAGAUCCCGCGGCGAUGGAGAGCAGGAUCCUGGAAUUAUGCCAGCAGUUCCCGCAGGGAAUCACAGACCAGGUCAUUCAGAACGACAUGCCACAGGUGGAGCCACAGAAGAGAGCGUUGGUCAUCAACAGGCUGCUCUCCACAGGUCAGCUGGAUCUGCUGAGAGGUACGGCUGGUCUCCUCUACCGCAUAAAGGAUGUCCAGACGGCAAGCAAAAUGAAGGGAUCUGACAACCAGGAGAAGUUGGUUUAUCAAAUAAUUGAAGACGCUGGAAAUAAAGGUAUAUGGAGCAGAGAUAUUCGGUACAAGAGUAACCUCCCUUUGACGGAGAUCAACAAAAUUUUGAAGAACAUGGAAAGCAAAAAGCUAAUUAAAGCUGUGAAGUCUGUGGCUGCAUCAAAGAAAAAGGUGUACAUGUUGUAUAACCUGCAGCCAGACCGGUCUGUGACUGGUGGAGCCUGGUACAGUGAUCAAGACUUUGAGUCGGAGUUUGUGGAAGUGUUGAACCAACAGUGCUUCAAGUUCUUGCAAAAUAAGGCUGAUGUGGCACGGGAGAGUAAACAAAGUCCAAUGGUUCAAAGGAACAGUUCGUAUGCAUCAUCUCAUGAAGUGUGGAAAUACAUCUGUGAACUGGGGAUCAGCAAGGUGGAACUGUCAAUGGAAGAUAUAGAAACUAUUCUGAAUACGUUAAUAUAUGACGGGAAGGUAGAGAUUACUAUUAUAGCCGCAAAGGAAGGCACUGUUGGUAGUGUGGAAGGGCAAAUGAAGCUGUAUAGAGCAGUCAAUCCCAUCAUCCAGCCCACAGGCCUGAUGAGGACACCCUGUGGGAUGUGCCCGGUAUUUGAUGAUUGCCAUGAAGGCGGCGACAUUUCUCCAGCGACGUGUCUGUAUAUGACGGAGUGGCUGGAGUUUUAACUAAAAUUGCGUUGGCAGAAGGAACAUUAAAGCUUGGAUGGUGGUUGCAGUGUCUGAAAGGAUUUGUAUCAAGUCCAUGGCAUCGACAGCCUAUUCAGCCCAAUUCCAUGCAUUGAGCCUCUUUCCGACCUGGUCUGACAAACUGCUCCAUUGCUUAUCUGGCUUCCCAUUGUACUUACUGGAACCGAGACACAGUUCCACAGUGGACAGAUGUGAGAAGAUGCCAGACAUGAAGCACAUUGAAGAGAAGAUCCUGUUUUUUUAUUUUUAAAUCUACAUUUCUUUCUUAUCCAAACAGAUCGCAAUUCAACCAUUUAACUGUAAAAAAUACUCGCCAUGAAAAUCGAAUAAAAAUUUACUAUUUUGAAAUAUGUAUUUUGAUGGUUCACAGGAACAUUCUCAGUCAAAGUGACACUAGCUCAGUAUGGAGACCUUACAAGAGGUUAUUUUUAAGUGUUUCAUGGUGUUGAGAGGAGGGUGAAAUUCUAGUCAUUUGGAUCAAGAUAACUGGAGGCCCGGUGAUUUUAUACUUUAGAUUUAACUUUAGAGUCAUCAUGAAUCCUUCCUGCUCCUGCAUUGUUUAAUUUCAUACAAAUCAACGUUGGAUGUGCGAUGAGCAGGCCCGGGGCACCACCGCUGGUCCACGCUGCCUGCCCGAACACCACGAGGCCGAGACCCGCGACACGAUUGCCGCCACGAGGAACAGCACCAACACUCACCGCCUUCCAAGCACGGACAACCGACGCUGAUGCCAUCGUCGACCCUCACCUCUCCAGGGCCACAACCGCCGACCUUCACCACCUCCCUGGGGCCGCCGUCGCUGACCUUCACUGCCUCCACGGCGCCGUUGCCAUCGACCACCGCCUCCCUGGGACCACAACCGGCAACUCCCACCGCCUCCGCGAGACCGCCGCAUUCACCGCCUCCCCAAUGCCAUCGCUGCAACCGACUUUCACCACCUUCCCGGCCAUCUGCUGACCGGGACGACCGACGCAUCGUCUGCUGACUCCGGCUAGUCCCCAGCCGGCCUUUACCAGCGGCUCUGCCGACCCUCGCCUUUCCACCGCCCACCAGUGGGCCGCAGCCGUCGUCUUUCUUGAGUCCCAGGCUGAGCACCGGGCCCACCGUCUCUACAUUGCAGACUCCAACAGCACAUGGUCUGACUCUGCUGGGUCCUAUUGCUGCCCCCCCUCCGACAGGGUACAUCAGUGGGGGUUCCACUGGUUCUUCCCUUUCCACUUUUAGCCAGGCGGUUCUAACUACUCCCCACGCAUACAUAGUCCUCUUCCCUUAACACCCACCAUCCCUCAACCAGGCAUCGUCUCGGCCUCCUUCUACUCACCUGCCUUCCUCCGACCCCAACCCCCAACCUUUCUGUGUGUUCACCAUUCCCCCUGACCUCCCCCUUUCUGAUAUGGAAAGGUUUGUCCUUAGCAGAGGCUUCACCUUUGUUCCCCUCCGCCCUCACCUCAACGAGUUCCGGGUCCUCCACGAUGUAGUGCUCUUCUGCCUUCGCCUCCACCUCUGGGCCUUUUUCUAUGGGAAGGUGUCCUCACCACCCAGUGACGACCCCUUCUCCCGUCUCCAACGGACCCCCACCUCUUGGACUCCCCCGGAUGGCCCUCUACCUUCUUUAGACCUUUUCAUUUCCAACUGCCGGCAGAACAUCAACCGCCUCAACUUUUCCACUCCCCUUACUUACUCAGCCCCGCACAGCCCGAUUUUAUCUUCUCCCCAAAAUACACAAACAGAACUCCUGGCAGACCCAUUGUUUCUGCUUGUUCAUGUCCCAUCAAAUUAAUUUCCACAUACCUCGACUCCAUCCUGGUCCAAUCCCUCCCUACCUGUGUUCAAGACACCUCACACGCCCUUUGUCUCUUCAAUGACUUCCUUUUUCCAGGCCCCCACGACCUCAUCUUUACUGCGGAUGUCCACAACUCUGCACCUCUAUCCCCCACCAGGAAGGUCUUAAAGCCCUCCAUUUCUUCUUCGACUGCAGAACCAGCCAAUUUCCGCCCACCAAAACUCUCCUCCGCCUAGCAGAGAUGGUCCUUGUCCUCAACAACUUCUCCUUUGACUUCUCCCCCUUCCCCCAAAUCCAAGGCAUAGCUAUGGGCACUCGCAUGGGCCCUAGCUAUGCUUGCCUCUUUGUAGGGUACGUCAAACAAUCACUGUUCCAGGCGUACACUGGCCCCAUCCCCGAACUCUACCUCCGCCACAUUGACGACUGCAUUGGUGCUACCUCCUGCACCCAUGCAGAACUCACUGACUUCAUCAACUUCACCACCAAGUUCCAACCUGCACUCAAAUUCAAUUGGACCAUCUCCGACAUCUCCCUACUGUUUCUGGAUCUCACCGUCUCCAUCACAGGAAACAGACAAUUGACCGACAUCUACUACAAACCUACUGCCUCCAAUAGCUAUCUAGACUACACUUCUUCCCACCCUGCUUCCUGUAAAGACUCUAUACCCUACUCCCAAUUCCUCCGUCUACGCCGUAUCUGUGCCCAGGAUUAGGAUUUCCAUACCAAGGCAUCGGAGAUGUCCUCAUUCUUUAUGAAACGGGGGUUCCCCUCUUCCAUUAUAGAUGAGGCUCUCCUUGAUAUCCCGUAGCUCCGCUCUUGCUCCCUCUCCCCCAUUUCGUAACAAGGAGUCCCCCUUGUCCUUGCCUUCCACUCCAUCAGCCGUCGCAUACAGCAUAUAAUCCUCCAACAUUAUUGCCACCUCCAACGGGAUCCCACUUGCUUUCUCUCUCUAUCCCCUCCCACUUCCCAGUUCUCCGACCUGUCUUACUGUCCGACUACAUUCUAAAUUUGUCCCGCCCACUCCCCUAAUCUGAAGAAGGGUCGAGACGUCAUCUACUCCUCUCCAGAGAUGCUGCCUGUCCCGCUGAAUUACUCCAGCAUUUUGUGACUACCUUCAAUUUAAACCUGCAUCUGCAGUUCUUUCUUACACAUAUAUAAUCUAGUCUUUUAUUGUAUGUGGUGCCAGAUCACGUGUUGGAUUUGUAGAGGAUCGAUGUUGACACAGGAUGGACUAAAUAACUUUUUUAAAUGA